AUGUCGGAUCCUCCUCCGCUCAACCUCUCCUCCGAUAUGGCCGCAGGGCCCAGCAACGCAGCUGCUAAUCUGAAUCCGUCAGAUCCGGCCAAGGUCGAGGUUGUUCGCCACGUAGCGGUACGCACUCCGCCGUUUUUGAAAGGCAAUCCUGAGGCAUGGUUCAUCCAAUUGGAGUCGGUUUUUCAAUGCCACAACAUCCGUUCUGACCUUCAACGAUACCAUGCCGCCGUCGCGGGUCUAGACAGCGAAACCCUGCAAGAUUCGCUUGACGUGCUCCAAAAUCCACCGAGCACAGGUGCGUACAACCAUUUGAAGGAGCAGGUCAUUCGGCGUUACGGUGACACGGCAACCAAGCGCUUGCAUAAGCUCUUCUCCGGACUUACCAUGGCGGAUCGCUCGCCGUCGCAACUGCUCCGACGUAUGCGCGCUCUCGCCGGAGGAAGUGUCGGCGAUGAUGCCAUUCGCGUACGUUGGCUGGAUCUGCUUCCUACUACUAUCUCCAGAAUGCUGCGCGUGGUGCCCAACGCUACGCUGGACGAUCAGGCCCUGACCGUUGAUGAGUUGUGGGAGACGAGUCCUGACGUCUGUGCAAUUCAACGGCCCGUUCCAACGCCCCCAGCACCAGAGGUUGUGCAAGCUACGCCCGAUGCCAUCGCGGCCGAAUUAGCCGCUUUGCGAGCCAUUGUUUCGCAGCUUGUAAUUACGAGUGGUCGCAUUCUGGAUCGCCUGCCAAAUGCCAGUGGCCGAGCAAGAUCCCGCACACGUGCCCGCUCAACAGGCUCGAGAACUUCUGGAGCAGCUGCAGCUUCGUCGGCAAAUCCGUCUUGGUGCUACUACCACCAGCGGUUCCAGGCGAACGCGGAGCGUUGCCGACCGCCAUGCGGCUAUCCAGCCAACAGGUCGACAAACUAG